CCCAAAACAAAGGGGGUUAUUGGCCUACAUGGGCUCAAGAUAGUUUUCCACCAUCGGAUAUCGAAACCGCUUAUUAAUUUCACACAUGUUUAUUAUGCCUUUCUCUCCCCUAACGAAGACACAUUCCAGUUCGACAUCGAUGGGACAACAUCGACUGCGCUUACUAGCUUCAACACCGCCCUUCACGGAAAGAAUCCACCUGUCAAGACUUUGUUUUCCAUCGGAGGUGGCUCGGCUGGCACACAACUCUUUUCCAACAUGGCCACGAGCCCUAGCUCGAGGGCAAGUUUCAUUUCUUCCGCUAUACAAGUGGCACGACAAUAUGGCUUUGAUGGAGCUGACUUAGAUUGGGAAUAUCCUCAAACCCAAGCCGAGAUGGAUAACUUUGGCCUCUUGCUUGAUGAGUGGCGUGUGGCGAUCAACGAAGAAGCUGAGUCAACUGGCAAGACACAGCUUCUUCUUUCAGCCGCCACAUAUUAUAAGCCCGUAAUUCCGUGGGAUGUUGUUCAUACAUAUCCAGUGGCAUCCAUAAAUAAGAAUUUGGAUUGGAUAAAUGCAAUGUGUUAUGAUUAUCACGGGCCAUGGACUCCCGAUGCAACUGGGACACUAGCCGCGUUAUAUGAUCCAAAUGGUGAUCUUAGCACAAGUGACGGGCUACAAUCAUGGAUCGACACAGGGAUCCAAAGACAAAAGUUGGUGAUGGGGAUGCCAUUAUAUGGUCGGACGUGGACGUUACAGGAUCCAACGGUAGAUGGUAUCGGGGCUCCAGCUGUGGGUAUAGGACCAGGAAAUGAAGGAGCAAUGCUUUACUCAGAAGUGCAACAGUUCAGUGCCCAAAAUAAUGCCAAGGUGGUGUUUGACGAGCCCACUGUGUCUUAUUAUUCUGUUGCAGGAACCUCUUGGAUUGGAUAUGACGAUGUUGAAUCGGUACAAACAAAGGUAGAAUAUGCACAAUCACUUAACAUAGGUGGAUAUUUCUUUUGGACAGUCAUCGGCGAUCAAGAAUGGAAAAUCUCGCAACUAGCUUCGCAGACAUGGAUUGCAUUUAAAUCAAUGGAGACAAGUGGAUUGGAGGAGUGAAAUUAAAUAAAAAGAUUAAAGGUUUACUGUAUGGGUAUCCAUCGUCUUACAAUAAUUCUAAGCAUUUCAGUUUGCUUGUAAAGUUUGAUAUAUAUAAUAAAUAAAUACAAAAACCAACUUGGUUAUG